AUGGCUUUCCCGGCUGUCAAGGCUCAAGCUGUCACCCGCGCGAUAGCAGGGACUGCCAUAAUCAUUGCACCUUCACAUGUUGCAACGCUUCUCGGGAUCGAUCUUCUUCCUGGAACGCUUCUCCUCGCAAGAAUAUAUGGCGCUCGGGAGCUGGUCCUGGGCACCAUCCUUUGGCCUCAUCGAUAUCCUAUGAAAGUCCGCAGCGCGAAAAACCGACUGCGUACAGAUGCUUCUACGCCAACUGUGCCAGACGGCUUUUCCGCUAUCGAACCCAGUCAGCCAAACAUCCAGUCGUGGUCGACUUUAACGGCUCUUCGAUCGAUGAUUCUGACAGAUUGUCUCGACAUUUUGUUCUGCAUCUAUGGAUACUUGGGCAAUCAGGCGACGGCGUGGACAUGCCUUUCUGUUGGUGCAGUUGGGAUUGCCGGCAUUGGGUUGUCAGUUCUUGGUCUGAGAGAAGUAGCCGCAUACCAUAUGGUGAAGACCGGCAGCGCAGAGGAAACAGAUUCACUUGUCUCAUAG